CUCGCCUCAUCUCCACCUGUCUUUCCUCUCGCUCCCUCAGCUCCCAUUCCGACACCCUACUGGCUGCGUCUUCCUCAGCAACCUCCGGGAUGCGCCUGUUCACGUCAUGGUGACGAGAAAGUCCAGGAUUGAUUGGCUGGCUACAUCGCUCGUCUACGAAAAGGUCUCAGACCUCGAAGCGAUCCUUGCCCUUCCCGGUCUUCUUCCGAACCGCCGCCCACAGAAUCUUCUAUCAUACCGGCUCUUCGACUUGGGAGAGCACUCGAAGAGUCGAAGUAGUGCUCCUGGCUCUGCAAACGCAGUAACACAGUUCUGGACGGACUCCGAGCUGCCCGAGCACAAAGACAAGAAACUCGCUGAGCGGACGGCAAUCGAGUGGUUUCACAGAUGUGGAUACUCAUGGAAAGACCUUCGGGAAGUUUUCCUUCCCCAGCUCGCACAGCUCGAACCCACCUUUGUCCAGUUCGAACUGUUACCAGCGACGGAUUCUCUGCCGGAACGUAUCUCAGGAAACCCCCUACGGCACCGCUACCCCCGGCUAUCCGCCCGCGUGUUCCCGUUACCCACGACGAAUGCACCUUCAACUCUACCGAUAGUAGACGAGUGAUUGAUGGUGAAGCUGGGGUGGACGACGAUCAUAUCCCGUUUUUCAACAAAGGACGGGGUUAUGGUAUGAUGGUUUCGGAACACUUGACACCUGAUGGUGAUACAUUCCGGGAAUGUACUCAAAUCCGGGAUUUUGGGAAGGAAGGCUAUUGGACUUGUGAUGACAUGAUCGCUCAGCUCAAGGAUCUGACGAUUCUCUCUUUCGAACAGCGGUAUUCUGAUCAUCAAGCGAGUUUCUUCUUCGAUAACGCCACCAAUCAUGCUGCCUAUGCAGAAGACGUACUCCGCGCGGAACGACUCAACCUUGGACCUCGUGGUACGCAGCCUCUUCUGCGAUCAGGAUGCAACCUACGGACACAACAGCCACAAUCCAUGCAAGAAUCUCGCUGGGCGUGAGGUACUCAGAAAUCACGAUACCCUAACCUCGUCCUUUGUUGAAUACCGGUA